AUGUGUGACAAGCAAGUAGUAGCACGGUGUGACACCAGGGAUGGGAAACCUCAGAUUCUAUCAAUAUAUGGCAUUUCUUCAGAUGAAUGUUAUGGAGCACUGUACAGAUCAAAGGAAGGCAUUGAAAGUUUUUUCAGAUACAUGGAUGAAGCUUGGAGCCUGCAUGGAAAAGAAGUGGUCUCUGCCUUUGAUCUUUCUGGUUUUCAGCUGAUUUAUGAUCUGGGUGGAAGUAGUGGUGGCUUAGCUAAGGAAUUGAUUUCAAAAUACCCAAAUUGUACUGUGAAACUUUUUGAUCUUCCUGAAGUUGUGGAAAUAUCUAAAAAAUAUAAUGCAUUUUCAGAUGAAUCCCUGAUCGCUUUCCAUGAAGGAGAUUUUUUUAAAGAUCCAAUUCCUGAAGCAGAUCUUUACAUCUUAUCAAGAGUCUUGUUUAAUUGGAAUGAUGAAAAGUGUAUCCAGCUACUAACAAAAGUAUUUACAGCCUGUAAACCAGGUGGUGGAAUCUUAGUAGUGGAACCAACUAUUGAUGAAGAAAUAUCUGUGUCUUUUCCUGGUCAUAUAUAUGCCAUGAUACUGUUGCUUCAGACUGUAGGAAAAGCACGGAAAGUAUCAGAGCAUCGCAUACUCUUCAACACAGCUGGCUUUAAAGAUAUUCAGUUCAAGAAAGGAAAUGUCUUUGAUGUCAUUUUGGCCAGAAAAUAA